AUGCCGGAGGAAGCGAUCAAAAAUGAAGGUGAAAUUGAAAACGUUCGAGUCGUCGUACGGGUCCGGCCAAUGGACAAAAAUGAGCUCGAUUCUAACUGCCAGAACGUGAUCAAGGUGGACAAAUCGAAUCGAAGCAUCACGGUCGUAAAGCCAACUGCAAACUCCAGCGAACCACCCAAGGUGUACUACUUUGAUAACGUUUUCGGCGAAGAUUCGACACAGAUCGAUCUCUACGUUGACACCGCCCGUCCGAUCGUGGAUAAGGUGCUGGAAGGAUACAAUGGCACCAUAUUGGCGUACGGACAGACCGGUACCGGCAAAACGUACACGAUGUCGGGCAAUGCCGAAUCCCCCCAAACGAAAGGCAUCAUCCCGAACACGUUCGCGCACAUCUUCGGACAUAUUGCGCGCGGCAAGGAGAACCAAAAGUUUCUCGUGCGCGUCAGCUACAUGGAGAUCUACAAUGAGGAGGUGCGCGAUCUGCUCGGGAAGGAACUGAACAAGAGCCUGGAGGUGAAGGAGCGUGCCGAUAUCGGUGUGUUUGUGAAGGAUCUAAGCGGGUACGUCGUGCACAAUGCGGACGAUCUGGACAACAUCAUGAAGCUGGGCAACAAGAACCGUGUCGUCGGGGCGACGAAGAUGAACUCGGAAUCAUCACGCUCGCACGCAAUCUUCUCGAUAACGAUCGAAUCGAGCGAGACGGAUGAAGCCGGCCGACAGUAUGUGCGCAUGGGCAAGUUGCAGUUGGUCGAUCUGGCCGGUUCGGAACGGCAGAGUAAGACUCAGUCGUCGGGUUUGCGGCUGAAGGAGGCGACCAAGAUCAAUCUCUCGCUGUCCGUGCUGGGAAACGUGAUUAGUGCGCUUGUUGAUGGUAAAAGCACUCAUAUUCCGUACCGUAACUCGAAGCUGACGCGACUGCUGCAGGAUUCGCUCGGUGGCAACAGCAAGACGGUAAUGUGCGCCAGCAUAAGCCCGGCCGAUUCGAACUAUGUUGAGACAAUCUCGACGCUGCGGUACGCAUGCCGAGCGAAGAGCAUCCAGAACCUGGCCCACAUUAACGAGGAACCGAAGGAUGCCCUGCUGCGCCACUUCCAGGAGGAAAUCGAGGAACUGAAGCGUCAGCUAGAGGAAGGCAUCUUUCAACAGGGAAUUGAAAGUGGCGAGGAGGAGGAGGAAGAUGAUGGUGAAGGUGAGGAAGAGAAUGAAGAGGACGCUGUAGAGGAAGAGUGCGAUCCGGACGAAGAUCGCGAGCGGGAACGUUUGGAGCGCAAGGAAAAGCGUCGCAAGGAGAAGGCGCGCGAGCGUAAGGAAAAGAGUGACGCCGAGAAGGAGCUGCUGGAGAAGAAAGCAAUGGAGAAUCAGCAGGAACUGAAGAAAGCAAAAUCGGAGCAAGAUCAACUGCGAGCGAAACUCUCAUCUCUGGAGAACAAAAUUCUCGUUGGUGGCGAAAACCUGCUAGAAAAAGCGAAGGAGCAGGAGUUUUUGUUGGAAAAUUCGAUCACCGAACUCGAACAGCGCACCAAAACGGAGCGCGAAUUGAAGGAAAACUUGCAGAAAAUCGAGGCCGAACGCAUCGACAUUGAGGAACGGUACAGCUCACUGCAGGAAGAAUGUGUGGGCAAAACCAAGAAAUUGCAGCGCGUUAUGUCCAUGCUGAUGAGCAUUAAAUCGGAGCUGGCCGAUCAGCAGCAGGAACAGCAGCGGGAAAAGGAAGGCAUUUACGAGAACAUUCGUAGUUUAUCGCGCGAACUGGCGCUUUGCGAGUUGGUAAUUAACUCGUACAUUCCAAAAGAGUAUCAGAACAUGAUCGAGAAAUUCACCCACUGGAAUGAGGAUAUUGGCGAGUGGCAGCUAAAGUGUGUUGCGUACACUGGCAAUAACAUGCGCAAAAACAUCCCGGAACCAAAGGUCAAUACCAAAGAGACGGAUCUGGUAGAUCUGUCGCACGUGUAUCUUAGCUACAAUACGGAUUCGGUGGCUGAACCAAUACGCGCAAAAACGGCAAGACCACGCACAUCCGGCAUUGCCCGACCGACGACGGCCAGAAAGUACUAUUAG